GAUAAGUUGUAAUAGGAAAUAAUAAUUAAAAUGUAAGCCGCAAAAGUGAUUAUUAAACGAUAGAACAAUUGUGACUAAUUAGUAGAAAGUCUAAAGUUUCCGUUUCACGAAUUGUGUGAGGUGUUUGUGAGACAGCGAUUUAGUCGGUUUUUCGGUGAAAGAGACGUUUGAUGAAUUUUCAAGAUCUUGUUAAGAAUCACAUCAGCUUAUAAAUAGUAAUAAAACAUAUUGUUUUCAGUUAUUAAUGAGACAGUGGUGUAGUCAAGUUAGCGGAAUAAUUAUUGUAAUUUAACGAAUUUAUAUAAGUUUCUUAAUAUUGAGGAUCUUCAAGGAUUUUGUUAUUUAUGCGAGCGUGUCACGGUAAACCAGAUAGCCUGUGGUAAACAAUAAUUGAAGAGUAUAUUUUAUGAAACAAGUUAUAGUGACGCCAAUGACUGCUGGUAAAUCCAGUGUUAUUUACAUACAUCUUAACUAAAAAGAAAGAAAAAGACGCAGAAUAGUUUCUGAACCUGAGGAAUAACGAUGUCAGUGUUUUGAAGUUCUUCACAAUGACAACAAAACCUAUACUUAACUGUUUUAUAUUGUUAAUUGUUUGUUGCUCUUCUGCGUUUGCGCAAGUGGGAGAUACCUGCGUAGUAAAAUCCACAGGCGUUCGAGGGGUUUGCAGGAUAUCCUCAAACUGCCCCAUUGUCGAAGAACAAGCACAAAACGGAAUUAGCCCGACAAUAUGUGGGUACUAUCAACUGACAGUCCCCAUCGUCUGCUGCGAGGAAAGCCCCUUCGUCCAACCAAACGACGAUACGUUACUGAAUCCAGAACCCAACCUGAGUAACCAGCAACCGAGCUACUCCAACUCCAACAGCCGGGAACCAAGCUACUCAAACUCCAACAGCCGGGAACCGAGCUACUCUAAUUCCAACAGCCGGGAACCGAGCUACUCCAAUUCCAACAGCCGGGAACCGAGCUACUCCAAUUCCAACAGCCGGGAACCGAGCUACUCCAAUUCCAACAGCCGGGAACCGAGCUACUCCAAUUCCAACAGCCGGGAACCGAGCUACUCCAAUUCCAACAGCCGGGAACCGAGCUACUCCAACUCCAACAACCGGCAGCCAAGUCCCUCCCAAAACCGGGAACCGAAUCCGAACAUAUUUCCAGCUGGUGAGCCGGACGCUGUGAUAUAUCCUGAUUCGGACAAUCAGCCGUCGCGUCCCCAAGUGACUCAUACAAGUAAAAGCGAGCAAAAGUGCCAAGAGUACAGUAAAGCCAUAACUGGUGUCGUUCAAGCGAUUCCUUUAGUGACUAAUACUGAGGUGGUUAGCUAUAGCUUUGUCAAGUGUGACUACAAUGGUGUAGCGUUGAUCGUCGGGGGCAAGCCUGCCUCCGCUGGGGAAUUCCCGUUUAUGGCGGCCAUCGGUUUUUACGUGGAUAACAAAGUGGAGUGGCGCUGCGGGGGCACGCUGAUCAGUGAGGAGUAUGUUUUAACGGCCGCCCACUGCACUUACACCCGCGAUGGGGACACGCCGAAGAUUGUUCGAUUGGGAGACCUUGACUUAUCCCGCGAUGACGACGGCUCCGUACACACUGACUACAACGUACGGAACAUUGUAGUGCAUCCUCGGUACCGCUACCCCCUCAAAUACAACGACAUUGCCCUCAUCCAGCUGUCCACAACAGUCAGAUUUACGAAAUUCAUCCGACCUGCGUGUCUUUACACCAAAUCGCAGGUGGAGCUCCCGCAAGCCAUAGCGACCGGCUGGGGCAAAACGGACUACGCCGCUGCCGAGAUAAGCGACAAGUUGAUGAAAGUCUCGCUAAAUAUUUACAGCAAUGACCGAUGUGCCCAGACGUACCAGACCAGCAAACACUUGCCACAAGGGAUCAAGUCUAACAUGAUCUGUGCAGGGGAGUUGAGGGGGGGCCAGGACACGUGUCAGGGGGACUCUGGGGGGCCCUUACUUAUCACCAAAAAGGGCAACCAAUGCAAGUUCUACGUUAUCGGGGUCACCUCGUUCGGGAAGUCCUGCGGACAGGCCAACACGCCCGCCAUCUACACCAGAGUCUCAGAAUACGUGCCAUGGAUCGAAAAAACCAUCUGGUAAAAUCACCCACUUAACGACAUUUUUUAUUUUAUCAUUCACAUACAAUACGUAUAGAAAAUUUUAUAAUUUCAAGUACUGUAUAAAAGAAGAAUAAAGUUGUACUUAAACGUA